AUGUACCUACACACUCAUAAAUCGAAUGAAGGCUAUGCAUUCGUUGGCGGACCUCAACUAGUAGUAAGGAUCCGAUUAUCAGAAUCGUUUGUUUCUGUGGCUGGUUCUGAAGCAUAUGUAUAUGAAAAUAGCUCUACUGAUAACCAUAAUCAAGACCCUCUCUCCAAUGUUAGAGAUAAUCUGACGUCUUGUAGGCUUGCAUUAGCAUUUGCUCAUUUCGUGUGUUUCUUGAAUUUUGUAUAUAGACGUUUGCCCUUUUUCCUCUCUGCUUUUCAACAAGAGCAAAAGCCUAAAGUUGGGCAAGAGUUUGAAAAAAUUGAAGGUGCAUAUGAGUUUCAUAACACAUAUACAAGAGAUGCUGGAUUUAGUGCUAGAUUGUUUAAUAGUAAAAAGAGGCUGGGCACGAGCGAAGUAUUUUGGAAACAAUUUGUUUGCUAUAAAGAAGGAGAGAAAGAUAAUACAUAUCAGAAGAAGUUUAAACACAUGGUUGAACGAUCAGGCGAAAGACAUAGGGGAGUCAUUCGGGUGGGUUGCAAGGCUAAGUUAACUGUAGUCAGACCAAAAUCAUCUAUAAAUUGGAUUGUUAGUAGCUUUGUGGAAUCUCAUAAUCAUGCACUCACAACUCCUACUAGAGUUCACUUAUUAAGAUCUCACCGGCAUGAUUCAAAUGCCAAAAAGGCAUUAAUACAACAUUUCUCAGAAGCAACUAUAUCCACAAGUCAACAGAUAAGUUUGAUGGAGAUUGGAUUUGGGGGUCCUCAAAAUAUUGGAUGUACGAAGAAAGACAUUAGAAAUUAUGAAAGAGAUUUGAGAGAAGAAAUGAAGGGAAUUGAUGUUGAGUCAUAUGGGAUGAUUUUUGCUCCGUUGACUGGAGUCAAUCACCAUUUUCAAACUAUAAUAUUUGGAUGUGGGUUUUUAAGUGACGAGACAAUAGAGUCAUUUGCGUGGUCAUUCAAAUGUUGGUUGACUGCAAUGCCUAAGGGUGCACCUCAACUGAUCAUCACAGACCAAGAUCCUGCAUUGACAAGAGCAAUUGUCGAAGUUCUUCCAAAUACUUUUCAUCGUUAUUGUAUAUGGCAUAUUCAAAAUAAAUUUUCUGAAAAACUGAAUGCGAUAAUAUAUCGGGACAACUACGAUUUGAUGAAGAAUAUUAUUUUAAAUUUCGAGACUACUGAAGAGCUUGAAACCAAUUGGUCAAAUAUGCUGCACUCUACUAAAUUGAUAGGUAAUGAUUGGCUUCAUCAAAUAUAUGAGUUGCGUGCUAGAUGGGUCCCUACAUUUGUUAAGCAUAUUUUUGCAACUGGAAUGUCGAGCAACCAAAGAGCUGAAAGUUCUCAUUCAUUUCUCAAAAGGUACAUUUCAAAGAAAAACUCAUUGAUGGAUUUUAUUAUACGCUUUAACAGAGCACUUAGACAUCAAAGACAUCAAGAGUUGAUGGCUAAUCAUUGUGAUAUUAAUGAAAAAUCAAAGUUGAAAUCCUUGUGGCCAAUGGAGGCACAAAUGUUAAAAGUUUAUACAAGAAAAGUUUUUCGAACUUUUCAAGAUGAGAUUUUUGAAAGUCAAGCUUACAUUUUAAAUACAUUAUGUGAAGAUGAAUCAAGUGUGACUUAUAUUAUUGAAAGGGUUGAUAAGUAUUCUACAUCAAGAUCUCGAAAACUUAUUCUCAGUAAGUUUUUAGAUAUUGUACAUUGUAGUUGUCAACAGUUUGAAUGUGAAGGAAUUCCAUGCAGACAUAUAUUGGCUUACUUUAGGGUAAAAAAAAAAAGAUUACAAUUGCCAACUCAAUAUAUUCUUCAAAGGUGGGCCAAAAGUGCAAAGAUUAGUCAAGUGUGGGAUAAAGAUAAUGAGGAACUAAAUGACAUUCCAAACCAAUCAUUGAUGAUAAGACAUUCUAAACUAUCUCAAUUGUCUUCUAUUGUGGUUGAUGAUGCAUCUCUCACCGAGGAAGGAGCUAAUCUCUUGGUGAAUAGGUUGGAAGAGCUUCACAGAAAAAUAAAAGAGAUUAACAUCGGCAAUGGUAUUGAAAAGGUAUACAUCGAACAAAUGAGUAUUGAAGAGCGUAUAAAUAUCAAUGAACCUCAACAAGUAAGAGCAAAGGGGUGCGGGAAAAGAUUAAAAAACAAAAAAGACAACAAUCCUCUGGGUCCAAAUGAUGAAGUUCCCUAUGAUUUCAUUUUAAAAAAUUCAUUGUUGAGAAAUUAUAAAUUUUGUUUUGGGGUGUUGCUUGAAGCAUUGAGACUCCUAGAUAAACAAGUUCUCAUCAACAAUCCAUCUGAGAGUUACACGGUGUUCUGA